AUGUUCUUCCUUUCUUUUCCGUUUUAUUUGCUUGCGUCUCGUUUCUGUUCUCGUCUUUUCUCUAUUAAUCUCGGCUUUCAUUCCUCCUCGCGUACUCUCUCACUCUUGUAUAAUUUGGAUCACCUCUUUCUUUUUCUUUUUUAUUACAUAGAUUUAUUUCCUUUUAUCAUUCAUAUCUUUUUUUCCUUUCAAUUUUCACACCAUUAUUUCUUCUUUUUCUCUUCCUCUAUUAUUCUUAUCUUUCCUCUCUAUUUCUAUUUAUUUUCUCUUUCUCUUUUCUACGCUUUUUGUGUUUAUUUUUUUACAUUAUUUUGUCUUUCUUCUCUCUCCUUUUAUUUUGUCUUUCUUCUCUCUCCUUUUAUUGUCUUUCUUCUCUCUCCUUUUAUUUUGUCUUUCUUCUCUCUCCUUUUAUUUUGUCUUUCUUCUCUCUCCUUUUAUUUUGUCUUUCUUCUCUCUCCUUUUAUUUUGUCUUUCUUCUCUCUCUUCUUCUUUCUUCUUCCAUAUUCCUCUUUUCUAUUUCCUUUUUUCAUUUUCUCUUUUUUUAUUUCCGUGUUUAUUUUUUUAGUUUAUUUUCUCUUCUUCAAUCCUGUUUCUUCUCUCUUUCUUUACUUUUCUCUAACUUUUUCUCUUUUCCGCUUUUCUUUUUUUUUUCUUUUUUCAUUUCCCCUCUUUCUUCCUUUCCCUCUUUCAUCUACUCAUUCUACUUUUCUCUUUUUCUCUUUCUUUUUCCUUCUCUUACCCCACUGUCAUAUGCCAUUUUUCAAAAUCAUAUCCCUCUCUCAACGCGUUUUCUCUUUUUCAUCCUCGUCUCUUUCUUUUAUAGCUCAGUAUCCCAAAUCUCGGUGCCGCCUGGAACUGAAGCGGCGCCGAGCAAAUAUUAAUCAUGGAGGACUACUGGGUUUCCUGGCAACAACGUGGCCGCAAGGCAAUAUACCCAUGUGGAUACGAACGAGAUUACAUCGACUCCGCUUACAUUCAUUUUCGCCCCUGCUUCACCAUUCAUUCACUUCGUCCCUACCAUUUCUUUCCUUCAUGUACGUCCUUGCCACGUCUUCCCUUCAUGUACGUCCCUGCAACGUCUUCCCUUCAUGUACGUCCCAGCAACGUCUUCCCUUCAUGUACGUCCCUGCCGCGUCCUCCCAUCAUGUGCGUCCCUGCUACGUCCUCCCAUCAUUUACGUCCCUGCUACGUCCUCACAUCAUUUACGUCCUUGCCACGUCCUCCCAUCAUUUACGUCUCUGCCGCGUCUUCCCUUCAUUUGCGUCCCUGCUACGUCCUCCCAUCAUUUACGUCCUUGCCACGUCCUCCGAUCAUUUACGUCCCUGCCGCGUCUUCCCUUCAUUUGCGUUCUUGACACAUCCUCCCAUCAUUUACGGCCUUGCCACGUCCUUGCCACGUCAUUCCUUCAUUUACGUCUUUGCCACGAAUUCCCUUCAUUUACGUCCCUGCUCUUCUUCACACAUUUUGUCCCUGAACUUGCUUUCAUUCAUUUUCGUCCUACCCUUCUUUUUCACACAUACACGUUCUGCCUUUUCCCUCUUUCAUUUACGUAGCUGCCUCUUUUUUUUCAUUCACAUUCCCCUUCCUCUUCUUUCAUUUAGUUUCAUCCCCUCCUCUUCAAUCUUUCAUUUCCGUCCCUGCCUCUUCUUUCAUUUAGUUUCAUUCCCUCCUCUUCAUUCUUUCAUUUCCUUUCAUCCCCUCCUCUUCAUUCUUUCAUUUCCGUCCCUGCCUCUUCUUUCAUUUAGUUUAAUCCCCUCCUCUUCAUUCUUUCAUUUCCGUCCCUGCCUCUUCUUUCAUUUAUUUUCUCCCCCCCUCUUCAUUCUUUCAUUUCCGUCCCUGCCUCUUCUUUCAUUUAGUUUCAUUCCCUCCUCUUCAUUCUUUCAUUUCCGUCCCUGCCUCUUCUUUCAUUUAGUUUUCUCCCCUCCUCUUCAUUCUUUCAUUUCCUUUUCUCCCCUCCUCUUCAUUCUUUCAUUUCCGUUCCUGCCUCUUCUUUCAUUUAGUUUCAUCCCCUCCUCUUCAUUCUAUCAUUUCCGUCCCUGCCUCUUCUUUCAUUUAGUUUUCUCCCCCCUCUUCAUUCUUUCAUUUCCGUCCCUGCCUCUUCAUUUAGUUUCAUUCCCUCCUCUUCAUUCUUUCAUUUCCGUCCCUGCCUCUUCUUCUUUUCAUUUAGUUUUCUCCCCUCCUCUUCAUUCUUUCAUUUCCUUUCAUCCCCUCCUCUUCAUUCUUUCAUUUCCGUCCCUGCCUCUUCUUUCAUUUAGUUUCAUCCCCUCCUCUUCAUUCUUUCAUUUCCGUCCCUGCCUCUUCUUUCAUUUAUUUCAUCCCCUCCUCUUCAUUCUUUCAUUUCCGUCCCUGCCUCUUCUUUCAUUUAGUUUCAUCCUCCUCUUCAUUCUUUCAUUUCCGUCCCUGCCUCUUCUUUCAUUUAGUUUCAUCCCCUCCUCUUCAUUCUUUCAUUUCCGUCCCUGCCUCUUCUUUCAUUUAUUUUAUUCCCUCCUCUUCAUUCUUUCAUUUCCGUCCCUGCCUCUUCUUUCAUUUAGUUUAAUCCCCUCCUCUUCAUUCUUUCAUUUCCGUCCCUGCCUCUUCUUUCAUUUAUUUCAUUCCCUCCUCUUCAUUCUUUCAUUUCCGUCCCUGCCUCUUCUAUCAUUUAGUUUCAUCCUCCUUUCAUUCUUUCAUUUCCGUCCCUGCCUCUUCUUUCAUUUAGUUUCAUCCCCUCCUCUUCAUUCUUUCAUUUCCGUCCCUUUUAAUCCCCUCCUCUUCAUUCUUUCAUUUCCGUCCCUGCCUCUUCUUUCAUUUAGUUUCAUUCCCUCCUCUUCAUUCUUUCAUUUCCGUCCCUGCCUCUUCUUUCAUUUAGUUUUCUCCCCCUCUUCAUUCUUUCAUUUCCGUCCCUGCCUCUUCUUUCAUUUAGUUUCAUUCCUCCUCUUCAUUCUUUCAUUUCCGUCCCUGCCUCUUCUUUCAUUUAGUUUUCUCCCCUCCUCUUCAUUCUUUCAUUUCCGUCCAUGCCUAUUCUUUCAUUUAGUUUCAUCCCCUCCUCUUCAUUCUUUUUCAUUUCCGUCCCUGCCUCUUCUUUCAUUUAGUUUUCUCCCCUCUUUCAUUCUUUCAUUUCCGUUCCUGCCUCUUCUUUCAUUUAGUUUCAUCCCCUCCUCUUCAUUCUAUCAUUUCCGUCCCUGCCUCUUCUUUCAUUUAGUUUCAUCCCCUCCUCUUCAUUCUUUCAUUUCCUUUCCUCCCUUUCUCUUCAUCCCUUCAUUUUCGUCCAUGCCUAUUCUUUCAUUUUUUUUGUUCGCGGUUCAUCUUUCAUUUAUUAUCUUUCAUGCCUCCUCAUCAAUUCCAAUGCUUAAAUUCAUUUCCAUUCAUCCACCGUUUUCCUUCAUUUCUUUUUUGUCUCUGUCGCUUCUAUCAUUAAUUCUCAUCCCUGUCUCUUAUUUCAAUCAUUUUUUCCCUUUCUUUCCAUCAUUUAUUUUCCAUUCAUUUUCGUCCCUGCAUUUCUUACAUUCAUGUCAUAAAGUGCCUCUUCUUUCAUUCAAUUUUCUUCCCGCCUAUUCUUUCAUUUAUUUUAAUUCCUGCAUUUUCUCUCUUUCAUUUUCUUCCCUACCUCAUCUGUUAUUCAUAUUUGUUCCCAUCAAUGGCUUUCUUUCAUUCAUUUUCAUUCCUUCAUUUUUUCAUAAUUGUUCCUGCCUCUCCUUUCAUUCAUAUUUUCCCAACACUUCUUUCAUUCAUUUUCGACCCAGCUUUUUCUUUCAUUUAGUUAUGUCCCCCACUAUUAUUUCAUUCAUUUUGUUCAUGCCUCAUGUUUCUUUCAUAUUCUUCUCUUCCUCGUCUGCGUGUUAUUCCAUUCAUUUUGUUCCAACUCCUGUUUCAUUCAUUUUCGUCGCUGUCUCCUCUUCCAUUGGUACCUGCCUCGUUUUUCUCCCUGCCUCUCUUUUCAUUCGUUUUUCUCCCUGCCUCUCUUUUCAUUCGUUUUUCUCCCUGCCUCUCUUUUCAUUCGUUUUUCUCCCUGCCUCUCUUUUCAUUCGUUUUUCUCCCUGCCUCUCUUUUCAUUCGUUUUUCUCCUUGCCUCUCCUUUUAUUCGUUUUUCUCCUUGCCUCUCCUUUUAUUCGUUUUUCUCCUUGCCUCUCCUUUUAUUCGUUUUUCUCCUUGCCUCUCCUUUCAUUCGUUUUUCUCCUUGCCUCUCUUUUCAUUCGUUUUUCUCCCUGCCUCUCUUUUCAUUCGUUUUUCUCCCUGCCUCUCUUUUCAUUCGUUUUUCUCCCUGCCUCUCUUUUCAUUCGUUUUUCUCCCUGCCUCUCUUUUCAUUCGUUUUUCUCCCUCUCCUCAUACUACAUUCAUUUUUCUUCCCUCCUCUCCUUUCAUUCUUUAUCGUCCAAGCUUUCUCUUUUAUUCCCUUUCCCGAUUAUACUUUCAUUCAUAUUCUUUCCGCCUUUUCUUUCCUUCAUUUUCAUCCCAACCUCACCUUUUCAUUCAUUUUCGUUUUUGCCUCUACUUUCAUUUUUUUAUUUGUUUUCAGCUCUUCAUUCAUCUAUUUUUGUCGCUUCCCGUUCUAUCAUUGAUUUUCUUCCCUUCCAUUCCCUUCAUUAUUCUCGCUGCCUCUUCUUUCAUUGA